AUGUACCAUCAUGUGUACAAUCUGGACGCCCCUGGCCAGAAGUUCACUACUAAGGCUGGAGACGUCCAGUUCGUAAACAGAUCCCGAUUGUACAUCGAUGAUGGUGAAGAGCGGCUGAAUAUUGCCUCCGGAAGAUCUCUAGACGCUGAUUUAAUUAGUUCUAUCUCCGAAUUUCUCAAUCAUAAUAAUCCAUACGUUAUCCAUUAUCGCCGUCUGGGUAGCGAGCCAGCCGUCAACGCUCGUUUGGACUUUGAAAUUACGAAUAGAGCCACGCACGGCCCAGCAUUAGGUGACAGACAGGCGGGCGUUGAGGUUCAUGCAGUACUCAGCACCGACGAGACCGUUUAUGAGCCGCGAAAAUUGUCAAUAUGGAAAGUAGGGUCUGCUAGGCCUAGUUCUAUUAAUCUCUUUAGCCCCCUUAUGGAACCUUUCCAGUAUCCAUUGCUUUAUCCGGAUGGCACUUUGGGAUGGCAUAUAGGUCGUCUCGAUAACUUUCAUCACAAGCUGUCUCAGUACAACUACUCACGUUGUCUUUUGUUGUCGGAUCCACGCUUUUCUCACUUAGGCCGACUGUCUCAAGCCUGGCAGGUGGAGAUGUAUGCCAGGUACGAGGAGGAGAAAUUAAACUUUAUUAAAUUCAAACAAACCCGGUCCAAUGAAAAUGCCAUGCGGACAGGGCCAUUGGACGAACUGGAGACAGCUUUGCGUGUUGAUAGUCACACUUCAGGGCAGGUUUUGAGAGAUAUUGUCAACGAUGAAACGAUUCAAGGGGAGGGCGGGAUCCAGCCGGGAAAAGUUUAUCUUCCCAGUUCCUUUACGGGGGGUCCGAGAUACAUGAAGCUUCGUUACGAGAACGCGAUGGCUCUUGUCUCUCGUCUUGGUUUCCCUACUUUCUUCCUCACGUUUACGUACAGCGCUACGUGGGAGGAAAACCAGAAGGCUUGUCCCCGAAACAGUGGCCGCAGCGACCCCAGUACGGCAUGUAGAGUUUUCUAUAUUAAACUCUUAGAACUCCUCCGAGAUCUCCGCAGUGGAGCUAUAUUUGGCCGGUCUGUAUACAUCGUCCACGUCAUUGAAAUGCAAAUGCGAGGCCUUCCACACGCCCACAUUGUAUUUAAAAUUGACGGCGAUGGACCUGUUGAGGCUGCUGAUAUAGACACGAUCAUUCGUGCCGACAUUCCCUCGGAGGAGGAGGCUGGGGGUAGACUGCGUGCGUUAGUUCUGAGGCACAUGAUCCAUGGGCCAUGUGGUACAGAUCAUAGGACAGACUUUCCUUGUUGGGACCAUCAGAAAGGAUCCUGCACAAAAUUUUUUCCGAAACCUGCCUGUGAAACCACUCACAUCGAUGAAAAGGGGUUUGUUCACUACAUACGCAAUUACGACAAUACAGGUAUCAUAACAUCUCGUGGUAGGUCUGUCACUGUUCAUGACGGCUGGGUUGUCCCAUACAAUUCUGCACUGCUUCUAAAAUAUGAAUCUCAUAUAAAUCUAGAGCUAGCUUCGACACGGAAAGUAAUGAAAUAUUUGUUUAAAUACCUAAUGAAGGGUGGUUCACUGCAAAAUGUGACUGUGACACCCUUAAGGAAGCAGGAUGAUGAAGUAAAGCACUAUGUGACAAAGCGCAUGGUGGGUGCUAGUGAUGCGUGUUGGAGGCUUUUAGAUUUUCCGAUAUCUAAGUCCGAGCCAACAGUUGAAUGCCUUCCAGUACACCUUGAGGGGAAGCAGUGUGUCACAUUUCGUCCGGACAGUUUGGCUGAGGCGGCUCUACAAGCUACCUCUAAUCUGUUACUAUACUUCAAUAGACCACCUGGCCCUGUGUUUGACAAUUUAACUUACCAAUCCUUCUUCGAACAAUUUAUUAUCCAUUCAAAACGUCCACGUGGUGAAGAGAUAUAUGAACAUCCCGACGGUAAACACUACAUCACACGUCGACUACGUGGCACCAAGAUCUGCCGACUUUAUUGGAUCUCGCCAAACAGAAGCGAGCUAUAUUUUCUUCGUCUCCUCUUGAUGAUCUUACCAUGCCGUGGUUACGCCGAUUUGUUUGCUCGUGGUGGUGAUGGGUGUAACACAUUCCAACAGGUAGCGCGGAACCUCGGCUUGGUCGAAGAUGAGGAUGAGUAUGGCAUUGCCAUCAAGGAAGCUGCUCAUUUCAUGGUUGGUUCGCAGCUGCGUUCCUUCUUCGUUCUGAUAUGUAACAUGGGAGCACCUGCGGCUCUUUUGUGGGAAUCCUUCCGAGACGCGCUUUGUGAGGACCAUUUGCAUCGCCACCCUGAUGAUCGUGAGCUCGCCUUCAAACUAUCUCUGCUGGAAAUUGACCGCAGUCUCCGUCGUCAUGGGUCAUGUUUGGCCGACCAUGGCCUCCCAGUCGUGGAGGACAACACUACAGAGUUGGGCAGGGAGCUACUCAUCUACGGCGAGAACCAACAGAAGACAAUUGUAGAUGAGUGGGAACAUAAAUUGUCGAGCGAUCAAGUUACUGUUUUGAAUUACAUCCGCUCUUUAUUGCAUUUUCAAAGAGGUCGAGGGGCAAACAGACUUAUUUUCCUGGACGGGCCUGGUGGCUACGGGAAAACGUUAUUGAUUCGCGUCAUUCUUGCCUAUGUUCGGAGCCAAAAUCAGGUUGCUAUUGCUGUUGCUAGCUCUGGUAUCGCCUCUGGCAAUAUGCCGGGAGGUACGACAGCACACAGCAUGUUCAGAUUACCACUUGACCUCGGCGACGGCACGGGAUACUGGAGCUUGACUAACGGAUCUCAGCGAGCAGAACUGAUCAGAGCCGCACAGCUCAUAGUUUUUGAUGAGGCACCGAUGGCUCAUCGCUACAUUUUUGAGAUUCUCGACAGAUCUCUGCGAGACCUCAUGAAUUCGCCUGAACCAUUCGGUAACAAGAUCGUCAUCUGUUCUGGAGAUUUCCGUCAGAUCGCUCCCGUUGUUGCCAGAGCACGUACGCCAGCUGAUAUUGCUUGUGUCUCACUCCGUGCAUCGUAUCUUUGGCCAAGUUUUAAGCUAUUCUCUCUCUCGACACCUCACAGGACCAGUACUUCCACCGCAUACUCCGAAUUCCUGCUUGGAGUAGGCAAUGGAACUAUUAGUACUGUUGUAUUUGACGAAGACAGGCACAGUUGCAACCUGAUUCCAUUGCCUGGCGUUAGAUAUGUAACAUCUCUGUCCGACCUUAUCCAAUUUGUUUUCCCCGAUUACGUCCUGAAUGACCCUGAUCUUACGGCUAGGCGAGCAAUACUUUCUACCGUGAACGCUAACGUCCAGAAUAUUAAUGCUGUUGUACGUAAUUUAGCAAGUGGCAUAGUACACGAAUUGAGGAGCGCGGACACAGUUGACAAAGAAUCCGAUGACGGCAUGGAGGUCGAUGAUCAAUUGUUGAACCAGGCCACCAGCAAAGGUGUGCCGGACCAUGUCUUGCGACUAAAGAUCGGCUCCGUUUGUCUUAUCAUGAGGAAUUUGAAUAUCGACAGCGGACUUGUAAACGGUACCAAGGUAAUAGUUACGGCGAUCAGUCCUCGCCUAAUUACUGCCAGACUUCCCGGCAAAACUGAUCCUAUUUGUAUUCCGAGGAUACAAUUUGUUUUUCCGUUUGUCGAGGGGUCGCCGCUUCGCGUCCGCAGACUUCAAUUUCCCCUCAUGUUGGCCUACUCCAUGACUGGCCACAAAAGCCAGGGCCAGACGAUUGAUCGUGUCGGAGUGGAUCUACGUAGUGAUUGUUUCACUCAUGGCCAAUUGUACGUUCUAUUGAGUAGGGUCAGACAUCCUGACGACAUUGCGGUUCUUGUCCGACCUGAAAGAGUUCGCGAAGGAGUAGCUCAUACAAAGAACAUUGUGUAUGGCGAACUCCUUCAUUAG